AUGGAAUAUAUUUUGUGGAAUCGGAAAGAAUUUGACAUAAUUUAUAAUUGUACGGGAAUUAAUGUUGAUGAUAUUCCAAUUGAAAAAAGAAGAUAUCCAAUAGCUGCAAUUAUUUGUAUUUUACUUGGAUUUAUAUAUUAUCCUAUAUAUUUUCCUUGUCUUUACUCUUUCUGGAAAAAUAGAAACAAAAAUCCUUGUUAUAAACUUUUAAUUUAUCUGUCAAUUUUGGAUAUUGGCAUACUUUGGUUGCCAACAUUUGCAACCGGAAUUUUUAGCUUAAGCGGUGUUGUUUACUGUACUUCCCCAAUAUCGACAUAUGUUGCUGGGUGUUUUUGUUCAUGUAAGUUUAUUUCAGGACGUCAGUUAAUUUAGAAACUCGGAGAAAUAUAAUUGGACACAUAGCCUACCUGCCGGCCAGAGGCGGCGCGCGUUAAAUGUUAGCCUUGCGUUUUUUUUUGAAGAAGAAACUCUAGCUCCAAAUUUUUGUAACCUUUAGUCGCUCGCUGACAUUUGGUGAUAUUUAGUGAUACAUCAGUUUUAAUUGCAAAAUUUUUUUCAAUUGUCUUUUGCGCCCACACAUGCUGC